AUGAGUUCGCCUACAUACAAUGUCGUUUCGUCCCACCUAUUGAUGGAGAAUCAUAUCUCAGCUGGCGUUCUUGAUAGCGCAAAAGGUUUCAAAGCUUUCCAGACCCCAGCCGGUAGCCUUGUGCUGCUCUCCAUCGGCAGCGAUGCCAUCUUUCGCGCCUCGGUUGAAGUAGCCGGAUCGCAGACUGGAUGGACAGUGACCGAUAUCAGCACCUUGCUGUCUAUCCAAUACCCAGCUGGGACGACCUUGAGUGCUGGAUACUUUGCCUCUUCCGACUCGGGACCAGAUGGACAUCUUUCUAUUUUACUCAGCAUCAGAGCCAUAGCCAAUAGUAGUAGCAACAUUGUCGAUGAAGUCUGGAUGCUCACCGGACCAGCAGCUACUGAUGCCUCGGUUUGGUUGCAAAACGGAUCCAUCUCGUUUACCAAGUUGCCAUAUGAUGCUAUUCCCUCGCCCCCUGUACAGGGUAUCACUGCCAAUUCGUUGAAAGUAACGGGUCUUUACAUUGAAACGGGACUCUUGCCAACUGAUCCGACACUUUCUCUCGCCACAGUCGCUGAUCCAGACGCACCAACCGAGCUGCGCUGUUUCUUACUGAGCCCUACUGCCGGCACGGGUGCAGAGGUAUGGAACUACUAUGCACAAGAGCAAGAUAUUGGUGUUGGUGGACUGUAUAUUGCUCCCGGUCGGAUCAGGUCAGAUGAUUACUCAUGGGGCCUAUACAAGCUCUACCAGCUCGACGGCACACCAUCAUUAACCUACCUCCCAACCCAGGGCGCGUUUGGGCCGCCGGAUGCAACCAUAUUCACAGUACCCAAUGGGGCGUCGGCUAUAGCCACUCUUUUAUAUCAGCCAGCAGGCGUCACUUCUUCCUAUACAGAUCUAUUCGUUGCUGCUGAUGGAUAUAUUGGUUACUUUGCCUAUGACCAAGGCCGCCCGCAUGAGGCAGUUCAACUCAUCACCAGUAGUCUGAUAACUGGGGUAACGCAGUUACAUGUUGUCACUUGCGGCGAUCAAGUUCUUAUCUGGGGUCUCAAUGAAGCUGGACAACUGUUUUACACGGCCGCCUCUAUGGCUGAACGAGCUACGCCAUCUGCAUGGAAAAGCCCCAUACCAUUACUGGCAAACGUAUCGGAAACUACGGCAGUAACCAGCAAUUCCAACUACGCCAUAGAUUUGUUUGCAGUAGCCCCCCUGAGCUCUACCACUGCCACAAGCAAUAGUGCCAUUGGCAACGGUCUUUUUCGUUUGAGCCGCAACGCCAGCACCGGUGCCUGGCUCAACAGCGUGCACCCGAUGCCUUCCACUACGGACUGCAUUACGCUCAAGACUUAUACCACACAUUGUCUUGUGGAAGACUCCAAUAAUGUCCCACAGCCGCUAAUGGCACUAACGGCCACUGCAUCAGCGGAUUGCUCGCUGAUCAUCAAUGGAUCUGCACAACCGGUAUUUGCUGGCGAGACCUUCGACAUGACCACUGACUAUAGCGGUUAUGUCAAUAUUAUUCAUGCCGUUUCUAGUCUGGCCACACCAAGCUUUAUAUUGACGCUAGAUGGAGGUGAGACCUUCAACAUUGACCCCAGUGGACAGGUAACCAAGGCACUCAGCAACAUCACGUCAUCUGACCUCAACAAUGCGACAUAUGUGGAUGUAAAUGGCAAGACCCAGAAUCUCGUUGCUGCUGGCACGAGCGCCGCGGUCGUCUCUGGAGUGACACAGGGUCUCCAGACGAUUUCUACACAUUUGCCAAAGUUACCAAGGGCGGCAACUUUUAAUGCCGCCGCAGAGCAGGAUAAGACCAAGUCCCAAGAAAAUAGCCUGUUGUCUGAUCUUGGAGAUAUUGUACAGUGGAUUAUCAACGUGGUCGAGGACGUUGUCGAGAUGGGUUUCGAGAUAGUAGACGGCGUGAUACAUUUCGUGAUUACCAUCGGAGAUUCACUCAUCACAGCCGUCGUCAACACUGUGGAGGACGCCCUCCACGCUAUUACCGCACUGUUCAAAUGGAUCGGAGCUGAAGUCGAGGCCGUUUUCAGAUGGCUGGCCUUUGUGUUCAACUGGUCGGACUUCAUCACCGUAAAAAAUCAACUAAAGGACAUUGUCAACCAGGCAUUCACGUCCUUUAUCAGCAUCGAGAGCCAGCUCAAAGCCGCUGGCAAUGCCUGGUUUUCAAACGUCAAGGCAAACAUCCUGCCAAGCCUAGCGAGCACCAAAAUGGCAAAACCAGGUGAUAUGCCAAUACAACAGGCAUGGUCUAGCCAACAGCCACCUCCGCCCCCUGUUGGGCCCCACCAGGUUGAUUUGCGCAGCGAUCCUAGAGUUGGGUGGUUGAAAAGCCGGAUGGAAGCAGACCCGACAACUACGAAACAAUCACCGACGAGCAAUACUACACCAAGCAUCGACCCUGUACUUGAAGCCAUCAACAUUUUGAUGCAGGACGUUGGGAAGGCUUUCGUCACUGUAUUCAGCGACAUCGAGGCCUUAGUCGAUGGUAAGGUGUCAGCCUUAGAAUUCUUCGGCACCAUACUCGAUGCAGCAGAAGUGCUAGGUACUGACGCACUUGAGGCCGUUUUUGAUGCCUUCAUGUCGGUGAUGGGGACGAUGCUGUCUCUCAUACAGGAGGGACUCAACAUGCCUCUUGAUAUACCAAUAUUGUCACCGCUUUAUCGUCUCGCCACAGGCAGUGACUUAACACUGUUGGACCUCGCUUGCUUUAUUGGCGGUAUUGCUAUCAACAUAAUCUACAAGAUAGUACAUGAUGAGAGUCCGGUCGCAGUAAUGCCAGAGGUCAUGUCCCCAGCAACUGUGGACGAAGAUAUCACCACCAUGCUCAAUACAGCAGCGCCUUUAACACCUAAAGUUAACCAGGAUGUUUACAUCCUUGGGCCAGCAGAUACAAUCUCAGGCGUUCUGUUUAUCCUCGAGGGCUUGACAUUACCCAUUAAUACCUACUACAGAUUCAAGCAAAGACUUGCAGCUGCAAAUGUAUUUUACGGUGUCAGUAUGGUCACGCGCUUAAUACGUGUUCUUCUGAACUAUGACUUAGCGCAUUCCUGA